CAUAAAGAAACAAAUCUCUCGCGACUCGCCCAUCACACCUCCGUCACGUUUCGCGUUAGUAUUCUGAAAUAAUACACGCGGUGGCUUUUACAACGUAACCCCGCUUUAAAACAACUUAUCGCGCAUGGCUCUGAAUAUAAAGCUUACCUGAAAGAUUACAACAAGCAAAACAAAACAAAAAAACAAAACUGAAUCGACUCCAGCUACCUUUCAAAAAGCUGCCAAACCGGUUGGACUGCACGAGAUCCCGGAAGAGAGCGAGAGAGCACGCGAGGGAUGGAAGUCUUUUAUUUGUCUUCUGGAGGUUUACUAUAAAAUCUUACAUUACCAGGUUAUAAAAAACAUUUUAAACGGGUGUGUGAGCAGAAUGGCAGCAUCUGCUAUCUUCAUCCUGGAUCUGAAGGGAAAGGUGCUUAUAUGCCGGAACUACAUGGGCAAUGUUAACAUGAGUGAGAUCGACCACCUCAUGCCUAUCAUGAUGAAGAGGGAGGAAGAAGCUGAAUUAUCACCUCUGUUGAGCCAUGGCUCCACCCACUUCCUGUACAUAAAACACAACAACCUCUACUUGGUAGCAAUGACUAAGAGGAAUACAAAUGCUGCUCUGGUGUAUUCCUUUCUGUACAAGAUAGUGGAGGUUUUCACUGAGUAUUUUAAGGUUCUGGAGGAGGAGAGCAUACGCGACAACUUCGUGACUGUCUAUGAGCUGAUGGAUGAGGUCAUGGACUUUGGAUUCCCUCAGACCACUGACAGCAAGAUCUUACUGGAGUACAUCACCCAGCAAGGGCAUAAACUGGAGGUGGGUGCACCACGCCCCCCGGCAACUGUUACCAACGCUGUGUCCUGGAGGUCGGAGGGCAUCAAAUACAGGAAAAAUGAAGUGUUUAUGGAUGUCAUUGAGUCUGUCAACCUACUGGUCAGUGCUACAGGCAGUGUCCUGCGCAGUGAGAUUUUGGGCUGCAUCAAACUGAAGGUUGUUCUCUCUGGAAUGCCUGAGCUGAGGUUAGGCCUCAAUGACAAAGUGCUCUUCGAAAUCACAGGCAGGGAGAAGAGCAAGUCCGUGGAGUUAGAGGACGUGAAGUUUCAUCAGUGUGUGCGUCUCUCUCGCUUCGAGAACGAACGAACCAUCUCCUUCAUUCCUCCUGAUGGAGACAGUGAGCUCAUGUCUUACCGCCUUAAUACGACCGUGAAGCCACUCAUAUGGAUUGAAAGUGUGAUUGAAAGGUUUUCCCAUAGUCGAGUAGAGAUCAAAGUUAAGGCCCGUAGCCAGUUUAAAAGCCGCUCCACUGCCAACAACGUGGUUAUCCUGGUGCCCGUGCCUAGUGACGCUGACUCACCCAAAUUUAAGACCAGCACAGGCCAGGCCAAGUGGGUCCCUGAGAAGAGUGCUGUGGAGUGGACCAUCAAAUCCUUCCCAGGAGGGAAGGAGUACAUAAUGAGAGCUCAUUUUGGGCUGCCGAGCGUAGAGAGCGAUGAACGAGAGGCGAAGAGGCCAAUCACAGUGAAGUUUGAGAUCCCUUAUUUCACAGUGUCCGGUAUUCAGGUCCGAUACCUAAAGAUCAUUGAGAAGAGCGGCUAUCAGGCAUUACCAUGGGUGCGAUAUAUUACACAGAGUGGAGAUUAUCAGCUACGGACAAACUGAGGGGACUUUUCAGAGUGGUUAACACAGGAAGUGCUGACCUUCUGUCUGCCUCUUCUCUGAGGAAGAGAGGCCAAGUCACUGUGGUAUUGUUCUCACACAACAGUCAAGCAGAUACGGCCUAUUUCUAUUACACUUUGUGUGUGUGUUUGUGCCUUUGCUCAGGUAUGCGAGUGUGUUAAAUUGUGUUAUGAACUCAAAACUAACAAAGUAAUAGCUGAUAUUAGUCUCAUAUGGAUUUGGACAGUUUAUUUGCUGGUGUUUUAUAUUUACUUUGUUAAUAAAUGUUGUCUGUUACGGUU